AUGUCGGCCUUCACCGGCGUCUCCAUCGCCGGCAGCAACAGGCAGUGCUUCUGCGAGACGUCGGCCGUGGACGCCCGCGGGGACAGCGGCUACCACCUGCUCAUGGUCACCGGCUACUCGCGCACCAAACAGCUGAUUCCCACCGGCGAGGGCAUCACUGCCGGUCCUUUCAGUGUAGGAGGCCACGAUUGGAUGAUUGAGUACUACCCCAACGGCGAGAACCCGAGCUGCGCCGACGAGGGAGAGCCCGUGGAGGUCAGGUUCAGUUUCAGCCUCGUCGACCAGGUUGAGAAGCAGAUGGCGACGCACAUCCGUGGAACCGGUGAGACUCGCGACUUCUCCACCGCUACUUCAAUCUGGGGCAACGACAGGUUUAUGAGAAGAGACGCCGUUGAACAUUCAGCGGGUCUCAAGUGUGAUUGUCUCACCAUCCGGUGCGACGUCGUGGUCCUCCGCAACAGCAAGGUUGAUGAUGAUGAUGAUGCCGGUGGCCAUGGCGGCACCAAGGAGCUCCUGCUGCCGGACAUACACCAGCAUUUCAACAGUCUCCUUCAAAAUAAGGUGGGCGCCGAUGUGGCAUUCCAGGUCGGCGACAAGACCUUCGCCGCACAUCGGUGUGUGCUUGCUGCCCGAUCCACAGUGUUCAUGGCACAACUCUUUGGCCCCAUGAAGGAGGCAUCCAACACUGUCAUACAGAUCAAAGACAUGGAUUCAAAGGUGUUCACGGCUUUGCUUAGCUUUGUGUACACAGACUCGUUCCCUGACAUGUACGAGGACAACAUUAAGUUGAGUGAAAUAUGCAAAGAUACGGGACAAGGACAAGAAGAUGAAAUGCCGGAAGCUGUGGACCAAGGACAAGAUGCGGAAGCGGCAGAGGAUGAAAUGGGGCUGGUGCAAUGGCUGCAGGGCUUGUUUGUAGCGGCAGACCGGUACGAUCUCCAGCGGCUCAAGUUCAUCUGUGUAAAGCAGUUGUCUCAGCGCAUGGGUGUGAGCUCUGUGGCGUCCACCCUUGCUCUAGCCGAGCAGCACCACUGUCGUGGAUUGAAGGAGGUGUGCUUGAAGUUUAUCCAAGUCCAAUCACCUCCGUGUUUGCAGACACUAAUGGCGAGUAAUGGCUGGGGGCAUAUUGUCACGACAUAUCCCUCUGUUUUGAAUGAGCUCAUUGCCAUGCUUGCUUCGAACCAGAGGAAGUAA